AUGAUCGAAGUCCGAUCCUGCAAUACCAUGUACGCAAGUCCACGAACUGGUCCACGAGCCCCUCCCGAAAGCAAACAACUGAUCAGUUAUCCAGGCUCUCGAGAUUCCUUCCACCACUACGCCGGUGCGGCGGUUUGUCACGAAUCGUCCAAGCACGCAGGAGACGCAGUCUGCGCUUUCAACGGCACAGGAUACUCAAUUGACGGCGAGAUCUCUCACAUCCCCGAGACAACCCUCUGCGGAACCUGGGAAUCACCUCUCUUCGCCCUCAAAAGAAACUGCAAUGGAGGUAGUCCAUCACGAACGCAGGGCGCCAUCGACGCGGUACACGUCUCUGAGACUCCCCGCCUGAAGAGGGACGUCAAUACCCUCCUCCAAUCUCCGGCGUCGCUGGAUGGAAGAGUCUGCUCCCUGCCAUAUAACCCAUGGAAUCUAGGCGACUGUGUCGACGGUACGGCGGUGACUGCGGUGCCGGUUCUACAGGUCGUUGUUUCCGAUGGUGCGGAGCGCCAGCGUGUAUCUGCAUCUUCAGGACAUGGGGUGGUGAGUGCUUCUCCGAGUAGGACCAGUUCCAUUGGUGUGGUGCCCUCGGCUGUGUCUAGUGCAGGUCCUGCGGCGAGUAGUUGGUCUGUGAGCUUGGGUGGUGUUGCUGCGACUGACGCUGUUAACGUCGGGUCGGGGAGAAGUAUGGUGUUCGAUGGGGCUUGUUGGAGUAUGCUGCUGCUUGUUUCCCUGCGGGUGGUGGGUCAUGUCUUGUUGAUGCUUGAGUGGGCUUAG